UUUAUGUUUAAAAUUUCAAGCUAAUCAUAAAAUCUUUUUAAAUCUGCCAUGAAGCACACCGAACAAAUUUAAUAAAUUUUCAGCAAAAGAUUUAAUAAACUUAUAAUGUCGGACCGUAGCGUCAGCAUCGUUGAAUAUUUCGGAGCAGACGAGAGUGGUCACAGUUGUGGGUACUGCAAAUCUCCAGACACUAAUUUCUCUUACGGAAUCUGGGGCCACCAAGUGACGUGCCAGGACUACCAAGAUUUAAUUGACAGAGGCUGGAGGAGGAGCGGGAAGUAUAUAUACAAACCGCGGCUGGAAGUGCAAUGCUGCAAGAUGUACACCAUCAAAUGCGAUGCUGUCAACUUCAAGAUGAACAAGUCCCACAAAAAAAUCAUAAAAAAUUUUAAUAAGUUUAUAAACUACGGCAUUCUGCCAAAAGAAAAGAAGGAUGCGGUUGAUGACGAAAAUGUUCACCAUUCUCCUCCUCCUCCUCAUCAUCAUCAAGUUCAAGGUCAUCAGAUGAAAAGAGGUGAUGGUAAUGAUGAUGCUAGUUUCCAAGGUCUCCAGAGUGAUCAGGUGGACAAAAUUGAUAAUGAAGUCACGACUGCUACCACCACUACUACUACCACCACAUCUGCAAGUAAUGAUGAUGGUGGAGGAGAUGAAAGAGUUGCAAGUGAUGAUAAGAUGGAGUUGGACAACAAUGCCGACGGUGGUGGAGGUGGUGGGAACAGUAAGCCGGAUGGUGGUGAUGAGGCUGAUGCUAAAGAUGGCUUCAGGAAACAACAAAAAAUGACAGCUCAUCCAAAACCAGGUGUGGGGGCUGAUAAAACAAAGGGUCCGUGCAAGAAGGCCAAAUUGAUGAGAGUUGAAAGGAAGCAGAUGAAGGUGAUGAAGUUGGAAACAAGUGUGGUCUUUAAUGACAGACAACAACAUCAUCAACAACAACAACAAGAUCAACAACAACAACAGCAACAACAACAAAAAUCUGCAAAGAUGAAAAACCAUCCAAAAUCCUUGGAAGAUUUUUUGGGGGAAAUCAUUGAGAAACCUUCCCACAAAUUCGAAAUAAAAAUGGUGGCCGCACACGACGACACGGCUACAGCAGCAGACUUUCCAGCAUGCCACGCUGUCUACCACAAAUACCAAACAUGCAUCCACAACGACCCACCUUCGAAACCCACCACAAAACAAUUCACCCGAUUCCUCAUUAACACUCCACUACUCCCCUCAACAGCAACAACAACAACACCAACCACAUCAGUGCCAGCAACGACAACAAAUUCUUAUAAGACAACAUCUGCUUCUACUUCCUCUGAGGUACCUCAGGGCUCCUUCCACCAGCAGUACUGGCUGGAUGGCGAGUUGGUCGCAGUUGGGGUCGUCGAUGUCCUCACGAAAUGCCUGUCGUCCGUUUAUUUCUUCUACGACCCAAAAUAUUCUGCACUCUCCCUAGGUACAUACGCUGCUCUCAGGGAGAUUGCCUUCACGAGACAUCUGCACACACUCACAAGCAACAACAACAACGACAACAUCAUCUCAUCCUAUUACAUGGGAUUCUACAUUCAUUCCUGCCCCAAGAUGAGAUACAAGGGUCAGUACAGCCCGUCAUAUCUGCUCUGCCCUGAAAAAUAUUCCUGGCAGCCAAUAGAAAAGUGUCUACCGCUAAUUCAAGUCAACCCUUACUCGCGAUUGGAUGACUCCUCAGAAACAGGUGGCGAAAUGAAUGAAGAGGAAGACAUAUCUGAUGUGGGCAUUUUGUACAGGAAUACCCUGAUGAGUUACUUGGACUACCGGACCGUCAGGUUGAGAGCUGGUGGCCGUCCAGAGGAAGAAGAAAGAUUGAAGUUGUACGUGAAGUUAAUCGGUAGGGAACUGGGCCAGAGAAUGUUUUUGUUUAGAGAUUAAUGUUCCUAUGUUGUUGACUCUGUUGAUGGCGAUGAUGGUAAUGUGAUGAUGGUGGUAAUGUGAUGAUGAUGGUAAUGGGAUGAUGAUGGUAAUGUGACGAUGUUGAUGAGAUUUUAAUUGACAUUUAUUUUUCUUUAAUUUUUUGAUUUUCUGUAAAAAAA